UCGUGAUUUUAACACCGACUUCGGGACAAUUGUUGUGAGAUGCGGAUACCGUGGCCCGCAAUCCCGGGACAGUCCUGCUCUCUUCCCUCUCUCUCAGCCCCACGAUCCGUACACGGGCCCCGGGGAGCUUCCGGCUGAUGAGGGAAUGGGAACCGAUGGAUCUCUCAGACAGAGCUGAGCUCCAACUAUCUAAAUGCAAGGAUUGGGAACUCGGAGAAAGGGAACAAAAUUUUUUACAUCACCAGUUGAGAAAAUCACCUUUGCUCUGCCUCCAAUCACAAACGAGAAAAUCUGCAAAUGCUGGAAAUCCAAGCAACUACACACAAAUUGCUGGAGGAAUUCAGCAUUAGUACUGUUUUCCACAGGUGCUGCCUGCCCUGCUGAGUUUAUCCAGCAUUUUGUGUGUGUUGCUUGUUCUGCCUCCUCUUGUUCUGGACUUUUCUACCCGUGAGAACAUGUUUGACCCACUCUGUCUGGGUACAUAAUGAUAUCAAACACCUUUGCACUGGGCAACAAGUAGCUUUCACAUCACAAAUGUGCCAGACUCCUAUGAGACAGACUACUGCCCUUCCCUUCAUAUUAAUUGCAAUUGCCAUCAAUGAGUUCACCACCGUCAGUCACCUGGGGGAGGGUUCAGUGGAAAUAUUUAUGUACAAUACAGAAACUGGUGUUACCUGUGUGUAUUGUGGUGAUGCAAAAGUUGCUGGAGAAUUUGCAAGUGGGAAGAAGUGGAGUGAUAUUUGAAAAUCUGACUUUUUAUAGCAUCAGUUAGCAAACAAAUCACCUAUGGACGGUGUGCAAAUGCUCUGCCGAGAAAAUCCUUCAUUACCCACUACAGGCCUGAAUAGGUUGUGUGAGAGUGCAAAUGAAGUCAAUCAAACCCAGAGCAGAUAAAAAUUAUUAUUGACAGUGAUUUGCUUGCUGUUAAAAUGAGAACCUCCAUAUAUAAAAUUCAGUGUACACAUGUUGUGUCACCAGUUUAAGGAGUUGGAGCUGGAAAUGAAUGAAUUCUGGAUUAAUCGGGAGUCGGAGUGGUGAUUGAUAUGACAUUGAAGAGAGGAGUUGGACACAGAGUCUAUAGAAGUGAGGCAAAGCAGCAUCAACUUCAUGGACCCUGUACAGAUUACAGAGGUGGAGGUGUUUCCUGUCUUAAGGCAAAUUAGCGUGGAUAAAUUCCCAGGGCCUGACAAGUUGUUCCCUGGGACCCUGCAGAAGACAAGUGCAGAAAUCGUCAGGGCCCAAGCACAGUGUGAUGUCAGAUCACAUCUUGGUGACUAAAGUGAUCUCAUCUGAAAUGUUGUCCUUCACCCACUGAUGUAUUUUGUAAAUCUUUUCACAGGUUAAGAACGGCAAGGAAUUUGUCUCCCAGAAUCUCAGAGACAACACGCCAGUGUUGCCCUUCUUGUCCAUUAAGAAGUGGAUCGAGGGAUUCACUCAGUCAUCCUUCCUGCUCACACUGUUGGAAUGGAUUCACUCAGUCAUCUGAACUGAAAGUCCAUCAGCAUUUCCACACUGGGACAAGGCCACUCACUGAUCUGUAUGUGGGAAGGGAAUUAGUCAGUCAUCCUACCUGCGGACACAUCAGUCAGUUCACACUGGGCAGAGGCUGGCCACCUGCUGAAUCUGUGGGGAAGGAUUCACUCGAUCAUCUGACCUAAUGGCUCACCAGCGAAUUCACACCGGGGAACGGCCAUUCACCUGCUUGGACUGUGGGAAGGGAUUCACUCGCUCAUCAAACCUACUAGCACACCAAACAGUUCACACUGGGGAGAGGCCGUUCACCUGCUCAGAAUGUGGGAAGGGAUUCGCUCGCUCAUCCAAUCUGCAGGCACACCAGGCAGUUCACACAGGGGAGAAGCCGUUUACCUGCUCAGACUGUGGGAAAGGAUUUAUUCUGUCAUCUCAACUGAAGGUACAUCAGCGAGUUCACACUGGGGAGAGGCCAUUCACCUGCUCAGACUGUGGGAAGGGAUUCAUUCUGUCAUCUCAACUGAAGGUACAUCGGCAAAUUCACACUGGGGAGAGGCCAUUCACCUGUUCAGACUGUGGGAAGGGAUUCACUCGGUUAUGUCAACUGAAGGUACAUCAGCGCAUUCACACUGGGGAGAAGCCUUUCACCUGCUCAGAGUGUGGGAAAGGAUUCACUCAGUCAUCCCACCUACAGGCACACCAGUCAGUUCACACUGGGAAAUGGCCGUACACCUGCUCAGACUGUGGGAAAGGAUUCACUAGGUCAUCUGGCCUAAAGACACACCAAUCAGUUCACACUGGAGUGUGGCCAUUCACCUGCUCAGAAUGUGGGAAGGGAUUCUCUCAAUCAUCCAACCUUCUGGCUCACCAGUCAGUUCACACCAGGGAGAGGCCAUUUACCUGCUCAGUCUGUGGGAUGGGAUUUACUUCGUCAUCUCACCUACUGAGACACCAGUCAGUUCACACGGGGAAGAGGCCGUUCACCUGCUCGGAUUGUGGGAAGACAUUCACUCAGUUCUCCAGCCUACAGACACACCAGACAGCCCACACUGGAAAGAAGCAAUCACCUGCUCAGACUGUGGAAGAGGAUUCACUCAGUCAUCCACCCUACAGAGACACCAGUCAGUUCACACAGGGGAGUGGCCGUUCACCUGCUCAGACUGUGGGAAGGGAUUCAUUGGGAGAUUUCAACUGAAGGUUCAUCGAAGAGUUCACACUGGGGAGAGGCCAUUCACCUGCUUAGACUGUGGGAAGGGAUUCACACAGUUAGCUAGCCUACAAGCACACCAGUCAGUUCACUCUGGGGAGAAGCCAUUUACCUGCUCGGACUGUGGG